AUGUGGGAUAGGUACGAAAAAUAUACGAAAGCGACCUUGGGAAUUCGAGAUUAUAAAAGAAAACGAGCGGAAAACAGGCAAAAAUUGCGAAAUCCCCACCGAUUUAAAUUAGAACUUCUAGUAGUUCGUUCAAAUACAAUUUUACGUCGAUUAUUUAAAAACUGUUAUCAUCAAUUCUUUGGCCAGUCGUGGGAUAAUUCAACAACCUGUGACACUAACAGUUCAAAAACAUCAGUUCGAAGUGGUAAUUCAAAUGAUUGGGAUCAUACAACGUUGACUACACUUUUAUUGAAUACUAGUAGACUAAAAACAUUGAAUCAAAUUGAAGAACAACAGCUCGAUAGUGAAGAUAAGCUAUUAGUUCAAGUUAGAGAAAUUAGUGGUCAGUUAGCACAUCAUCCAACGAGAAAUGUAUCGGGUGAUGAAUUUAAUCAGUUAUGGCAACAAUUGAGAUCUAUUCUAGUUCACUUCGGCGAGGCUGAUUCUGAACUUGAUAAAUUAAAAGAUAAUAUUGAAGUUAAGUCGUCUAUAGAAACAACAAUAGACAGUGGAAACGUUAAGGAAGCCUUACCUGAACACGAUCGCGCUAUAUUCUAUUAA